UCCUCCUGCGUAGGCUCAGGGGCCCAGGCCGCCCACGUUGAGCAACACACAGCAUCCGGAGUCUGAACCCGCGGCUCUCCCCGCCGCCUACCUCCGGCCGUGUGCGUGGCCGGGGCCGCGGCGCGCGCGCCAACCGCCCUGCAGUCGAGCCAACGGCCGUCACUCGGCCGGCGUCCAGGACAUCAAGCCAUGUUGUGCCUUCUGUCUCUGCUCCUGGGGCUCACCGGGCUUCAGACAGAGGACAAUUCUGAAAGACUACGUGUGCAGUUCACAGUUCCGGAGAAAAUACGGUCAACAUCAAGUGGAGGAGUAGAAACACAUGUAUCCUACAACAUUUUAAUUGAAGGGAAAAUAUACACUGUGAACCUAAUGCAAAAAGCUUUCUUACCUCAUAAUUUUAGAGUUUAUGGUUACAGUGGCACAGGAAGUAUGAAACCUCUUGAACAACAGUUCCAGAACUUUUGCUACUACCAAGGGGAUAUUGAAGGUUAUCCAAAUUCUAUGGCGAUCAUUAGCACAUGUACUGGACUCAGGGGCUUACUACAGUUUGAAAAUGUAAGUUAUGGAAUUGAGCCCUUGGAGCCUUCAAUUGGUUUUGAACAUAUGGUUUAUCAAGUAAAACCUAGGGAUUCAAGUGCUUCUGUAUAUACUGAAAAAGAAAUUGAGCCAAGAGAAAAGCCCUAUAAGAUACAAAAUGUAGAGCCUCUUCCAGACUUCUCUCAGUAUAUAGAAAUGCAUAUUGUAGUUGAAAAAGACUUGUAUAAUCAUAUGGGUGCUGAUACAGCUGUUGUCAUUCAAAAGAUUUUCCAGUUGACUGGAUUGACCAAUGCUAUUUUUACUUCACUUAAUAUUACAAUAAUUCUAUCUUCAUUAGAGCUUUGGAUAGAUGAAAAUAAAAUUCCAGUAACCGGAGAUGCUAAUGAAUUAUUACACAGAUUUUUAAAAUGGAAACGAUCUUAUCUUGUUCUACGUCCACAUGAUGUGGCAUUUUUACUUGUUUACAGAGAAAAAUCAAAUUAUAUUGGUGCAACCUUUCAAGGGAGGAUGUGUGAUAAACACUAUGGAGGAGGUGUUGCUCUGCACCCCAGCACCAUAAACCUGGAAUCACUUGCCAUUAUUUUAGCUCAGUUAUUGAGCCUUAGUAUGGGAAUACCUUAUGAUGACAUUAACAAAUGCCACUGCCCAGGAGAGGUCUGCAUUAUGAACCCAGCAGCUAUUCACUCCAGUGGUGUGAAGUUCUUUAGUAACUGCAGCGUGGAAGAUUUUGUACAUUUUAUUUCAAAGCCAAAGUCCCAGUGUCUUCAAAACCAGCCACGUUUAGAUCCAACAUACAAAGCUGCAGUUUGUGGUAAUGGAAAAGUUGAAGGUGGAGAACAAUGUGACUGUGGUGGUAUGGAGGGCUGUUCAGUCCGGCCAUACCAGUGUUGUAACCCUGGCACGUGUAGGCUCCAGCCUGGGUCAGUCUGUGAUAGUGGCCUGUGUUGUGAGGCUUGUGAGUUUAUACCAAAAGGACACAUAUGUAGGGCUUCCGUCGAUGAGUGUGAUCUUCAUGAAUAUUGCAAUGGUUCAUCAGCAGCAUGUCCAGAGGAUGUUCAUAUUCAGGACGGGCAUCCAUGUGGACAGAAUCAAUGGCUCUGUGUCGGCGGAAUAUGUGCAGAUGGGAUAAAGCAAUGUCUUGACAUAUUUGGUGAAGGUUCAUCUUAUGCUCCACCAGAGUGUUUCCAGCAACUUAAUUCUAUGGCUGAUCAGUCUGGGAACUGCGGUGUAACUCCUACCGGGUUCACACAGUGUAGACCUGAGAAUGUGAAAUGUGGAAAAUUACUAUGUACAUAUGACAAAUCACAAGUCUUUACUAUUCCAAACGCCUCUGUUUUGUAUUCAAAUGUAAAUGGAAAUCUCUGCGUUGGACUGGAUUAUGCUUAUGGUGAUGAAAAUUCAGCAAAGAUGUGGAUAAAAGAUGGAACUGUUUGUGGUGAAAGAAAGGCUUGCAAGAAUAAGGCAUGUGUAGAUUCUUCAUUCUUGAGAUAUGACUGUACUUCAUGUCAUGAUCAAGGUGUGUGUAAUAAUAAGAGGCACUGUCAUUGUAACCCUACUUAUUUACCUCCAAAUUGUGAACACUCAGUUCCAGGAUGGGAAGGUGGGAGUAUUGACAGUGGCAACUUUCCACCCUCAAUACCUCCUGGUUUAACUGGUAUACCUCAUUUACCUGGUGCAUCUGGUUUACCCGAAAGACGCUAUAUUGACAAUGUUUACCGUUCCAAACCUACGAGAUGGCCAUUUUUCUUAUUCAUUCCUUUUUUCAUUAUCCUCUGUGUACUAAUUGCCACACUGGUAAAAGUGUAUUUCCAGAGGAAAAAAUGGAGAACUGAGGAUUAUACAAGCGAUGAGCAACUGGAAAGUGAGAGUGAACCCAAAGACUAGCCUGGAAAACAAAG